AUCACGCGUUCAACUUGCGCGUGUCACCACCAUCCACUGACAGAGGAGAGGGCUGGUAAACCAGCCAGCCAGUCUCCUCUUCCUUCUUCCUUCCAAACUGAGAAAAGCAACAAAACUUUAGGGUCCUUUUCCCUUUCUUUUCCCUUUCCAAUCCCAAUAAUAGAAAACUUAACUAAUCCUUUACUUCAAACCGGAUUCUGUCUGAUCUCAAUUUGCCGAUGGACGAAUCUUACGGAAAUCUCCCUUCUAGCCAUUUGCUCGGUUCAGUACCUGCCGUGGUCACUGAAGAAAAAGCAAAAACUAUCGUGAAUUAUGAAGUUCCUGAAGCAAGUAUGCAAACCUUCCCUCCAAAUAUUAAUGGAGGCAGUGGCCGCGGUUAUCAAACUCUUGGAAGUCCACCCGAGGGAUUUGAGCAACAACCACCAAACAAUUGGAAGGGGGUAUUUAGUAUCUCAUCGUACAUGCAAUAUUUCAAUGUGGAUACAGAUAUUGUUGUCAACAGAUUGAUGAGCUCCUUUUAUCCUAUUGGUGGUGAUUUUUUCAGCAAGAUUGAUGCAAACCCUGAUCUAUACGGACUUGUCUGGGUCGCAACUACAUUGAUAUUUGUGCUUGCUUCUCUUGGAAACCUUGCCACCUACCUCAUACAGAAACGUACUGAUCACAAAUCUUCUUGGAGCUUUGACGUUGGAUAUGUGAACGUGGCAGUGUUUUCAGUCUACGGCUAUGCAAUUGUGGUGCCGUUGGCAUUUUAUUUCUUGUUUCGUUAUCUGGAAUCAAAUCCUAAGUUGAUACAGUUUUGGUGCAUGUGGGGAUAUUCUCUUUUCAUCUAUGUUCCAAGCUCGUUUUUGUUGGUUGUCCCAGUUGAGGCUUUUCGUUGGAUCAUUAUACUUGUUGCUGGUGUUGACUCGGGCAUGUUUGUUGCUUCAAAUCUCAAGACCCUUGUUGAGGGGAAUGAUCUUGCAAUUAUGGUGGUUGCAGCGUUCUUCUUGCAACUGGCUCUAGCAAUCUUCUUUAAGGUUUGGUUCUUCCAAUAAGCCUUGCACUGCAUGAAUCUGGAAGUCCAAAAUGUUAGAGAGCUUUAAGGUUUUCCAAUAAGCCUCUCACUGCAUGAAUCUGGAAGUUCAAAAUGUUAGAGAGAAUUUGUGUGAAACGUAAUUUCUUGGUUUAGUAACACCUAUCAGGGUGCGCUGUGGUAAAGAAUUCCAAGGCUUGUCUUUGACUAGUGGUGUUGUGGUUAUAAUUAUAUUGCUAAGUGGUUGGGAUGGCAUGGAUCUGGAUUCAGUUUGCAUCUUUUAGAAGACUGGAGCAAGUAGACAGGGAAACAUCAUUGCUGCAAUUUUUCCGCAAUGUUUUGAAAAACUUCUCUCUCAGCUCGAGAUUCCCUCGUAUGAACUGGUUGUGGAAACACAUACUGAUCUGGAGUUCUGUUUAAGUAACUCCCAAUGAUUUGACUAAUUGUUUUGGCCAGCAUACCUCACUCAAGCAAACAAGGCUGACUACCUGGUCUCCUUGGAAUCUGAGAUCCAAGCUGAACACAAGGAAGAUCAAAUUGAGUCAUUUGGUGCGUGAUAUGUUGAUAAUGGCUAUGUAUUUGACCUUGAUCUUUAUUUUUGCUCGUCUUCGCAAAUCACUCAUCCCCUGAUCUUGUAGGCUAAAGAGAUUCAUAUGGAAAUUGAUGUGUAGUUUAUCUAAUCAUUCAGUGUGACCUCCAGAGUCAUCGGCUUCCUUUUA